UCACAUGCCCCUUCACAUCGACUGUGGAGACGGUUGCCGUAUUCAUGGUAGUUAAUCCAAACUCCACCAAGGUUGCCUCCUUAGGACAGCCCUUGAUCAGAUCAAUCCAAAAUCAUCGUGAUCUACGGCAAUUUCGGCCCACCUGCUUCGUGAUCUACGUCCCAAAUUUCCCAUAGCAAAUCUCCUCACGCCAGCUGAGUCGGUCGUUAAAGCAAGAACUCCUUCGGUUUCUCCGUCGUUACCUCAUCUUUCCCAACAAACCAACCGUCCGCAUUCAAUCCGCUUCCGCAUGAUUAAAACCGCAACUUCCAUUUCCACGCCAGCAACACGGAAAUGGCAGCCCCCUUUCCAGCUCCGUACAACGACUCCGUUUCCUACACAACCUCGGCGCAUCCUAUCAAUUCCCUUGCGUCUCUUCCUAAAACAGCAUUCGGAACACUCAAGAUCUGCGGCUGGAAAUCGUCGAAAAUUGAGACCCAUUUGAGAAUCAUGGGUUCUGCUGGGAGAAAUCCUACAAGAUUAGAGGCUUCCAAAGAGCCUCUGGGUCUGACCCAAGAAUUUACCAACACUGAAUUGGAAAGAGUAGAGAAAAUUGAUCGUGGUUUGGAUCUUUUUGGGGAGAUGAAACAUCGGUUCCUGAGAUUCAAAAAGCAUCAAUUCCUGGAAAAUUCGGUGCAUUUUCAAAACCUUGCCCAAUCACAGGCACCUAAGUUCAUGGUGAUUGCAUGUGCAGACUCAAGGGUCUGUCCUUCCAGCAUCUUGGGGUUUCAACCUGGGGAAGCCUUCACUAUCCGUAACGUGGCGAAUUUGGUUCCCCCAUUUGAGAAUGGCCCUACAGAAACUAAUGCAGCACUUGAGUUUGCUGUAAAUAGUCUUGAGGUUGGAAAUAUUUUUAUCAUCGGGCACAGCUGUUGUGGAGGCAUCAGGGCCCUUAUGAGUAUGCAAGAUGAAGUUGAUUCUAGCAAUAGCUUCAUUAGAGAAUGGGUGAUAGUGGGAAAGAAUGCAAAGUUAAGGACAAAGGCUGCUACUGCAAAUCUCGACUUUGACCAGCAGUGCAAACACUGCGAGAAGGAAUCAGUUACCAGGUCGUUGCUGAACUUGCUAUCGUACCCAUGGGUAGAGAAAAGAGUGAGUGAAGGGAUUCUCUCCCUUCAUGGUGGCUACUAUGACUUUGUCAACUGUACUUUUGAGAAGUGGACACUCGAGUAUAGAGGACGGAUUCAGGAUGGUAGUGUGGAAUACACCAUCAAAGAUCACUCAUUUUGGCGCUGAAUCCCUCUGGGGAGUGCGUGAUAUCCUGAUCCGACCAAGGCCUGCCAUGAAAAUGCAAGUAACUUCCACGUCUUGGGAAAUAAAGUUAUCCCCACAAGGAACUUUCUGCAUCCAUGUUUUAUGAUGUAUCUCUAUUGUAAUGUAUCCGAUUCUUGUAUUCCUAUCCAAUAAACAUAAACACAGACAUAUCUUAUUUCAUAAGUUUCCUUAUGUUUGUGGUAAUUGAAUAUAGAAAGCACUAGUGUUUGGAGAUAA